GUGUAAGCGACUGUGAUCCCACAGUAGUUCUUUAGCUUCGAUUGAUUAAUUUGUAACCUAUAGCUAGUUGCUCUUAAGUUACCAGUAUUUAGAAAAUGGGAUCAAGAAAAAAAGUUCUUGAAUUGCUUUUUUCAAUCUCUAACAAUUCAUGUAAAUGUCCUGCUCACUCAAAGGGAGGAAGAGCUACCAUCACUUCCAAUUCUUCUUCGUUAAAAGAUUAUGCAUUUGAGAUAGCUAGUUCUACAGUUCGGUAUGGCAAAGGUGUAACCAGAGAAGUUGGAAUGGAUUUAAUCAAUUUGGGAGCCAAAAAUGUUUGUGUUAUAACAGAUCCACAUCUGGUAAACUUACAACCAGUCAAAACAACGAUAGAUUCUUUAACCAAACAAGGUGUGAAAUUCGAACUCUACGAUCAGUGCCGAGUAGAACCAACAGAGAAAAGUAUGAUGAGCGCAACAAAAUUUGCAAGAUCUCAAAAUUUUGAAGCAUUUGUAGCUGUAGGAGGAGGAUCUGUAAUGGAUACCUGCAAAGCUGCUAAUCUCUAUUCCUGCGAUCCUGACGCUGAUUUUUUGGAUUAUGUGAAUGCCCCAAUUGGAAAAGGCAAACUAAUCAACAUUGCUUUAAAACCGUUAAUAGCCAUUCCAACUACUUCUGGAACAGGAAGUGAAACAACUGGUGUUAGCAUUUUCGAUUAUGAACCUCUAAAAGCAAAAACUGGCAUUUCACACAAAUCACUAAGGCCCAUGCUAGGUAUCAUAGACCCUCUUCAUACUUUGAGUCUACCAGAAAGAGUGACUGCUUAUUGUGGUUUUGAUGUAUUCUGUCAUGCCCUGGAGUCUUUCACUGCUAUACCCUUCAAUGAGAGAUCUCCUUGCCCAGAAAAUCCAAUAAUGAGGCCCACAUACCAGGGCAGUAACCCAGUGUCUGAUGUUUGGGCUCGAUAUGCGUUGAAUGUGAUGAAACACUACUUUGAAAGAGCGGUUUUUUGUCCUGAUGAUAUAGAAGCACGCUCAGAGAUGCUCCUAGCUUCAACAAUGGCCGGUGUGGGAUUCGGAAAUGCAGGAGUCCACUUGCCUCAUGGACUUUCAUAUGCCAUUGCUGGAAACGUGAAGGAAUUCACUCCCAAGGACUAUAAUGAUGGUCACCCAAUAAUUCCUCACGGAUUAUCUGUUGUUAUGACUGCCCCGGCAGUGUUUGAAUUCACUGCUCCGGCAUGCCCUGAGAAACAUUUGGAAGCUAGCGAAAUAUUGGGUACCGACGUUCGAAAUGCAAGACGAGAUGAUGCUGGGAAUAUUUUAGCAGACACUAUAAGAAAAUAUAUGAAUAUCAUGAAAAUUGAGAAUGGGUUAACAGCAUUAGGAUUCGACAAAGGUGAUGUACCCCAGUUAGUCAAGGGAACACUUCCACAGAAACGAAUAACGAACAUGGCACCUAAGGACCAGACAGAAGAGGAUUUGUCAACUAUCUUUGAAAAGUCUAUGACUGUCUAUUGAUUUGAAGUCUGGUAAAAUCGUUCUCCGAUACAGGAAUUAUGGUUCCAUUAACGAAAAUGUAAUCAAGGCCAUGAACACUUCAUUUGUAUUGUCCAUUAAAACCUAAAGAUCUGAACAACAAAC